GGUCUUCCUCUUCCUCUUCUUCCUCCUCUCCCUCUCCCAGUGUCCCGCUGUCCCGGUGUCCCGCUGUCCCUGUGUCCCUGUGCCAGUGUCCCUGUGCCGGUGUCCCUGUCCCGUUGCCGGUCUCCCCAUCCCCUUGCCGGCCCGGGCCAUGGCCCCGGUCAUUCCCCUCUGCCGGGCGGGGCCGCCCCGUCCCCGUUCCUGGGCGGCCGGGCGCGGUCUCGCCCUCGCCCAGCUUCCGGCGCGCCGGCUGUGGCGCUGCUGGGCGCUGCUGUGGUGCUGGCUGUGGGACGGGCUCGGCCUCUCCGCCCCUUGGCUCCUCCUGGCUCGAGCCCGGCGCCUGCCGGGGCCGGCGGGGGACGCGGGCGCCGCGGCCGCUGCCGCCUCCUCGGCGGCUUCCCCGGGCAGAGCUCCGCCGCCGCUCCCCGCUGCGGGUGGGGAAGCCCGGCCGGGGACUCUUGAGGGGCGCUCGGGGGCCGUGCCGGGCCCCGGCCCGAACGCUGACGGCCACGUCUCGCCCGCACGGAAGGCGAAGGGGCCCCUGCAGAAGCGCUACCGGCUGGGUUCGCUGCUGGGCAGCGGCGGCUUCGGCCGCGUCUACGCGGGGACCCGCCUGGCGGACGGAGCCCCGGUGGCCAUCAAAGCCGUGCCCCGAGAUCACAUCCGGCGGUGGGGCGAGCUGCCUGACGGCACCCUGGCACCCCUGGAGAUCGUGCUGCUGGACAAGGUGUCCAAUGGCUUUCGUGGUGUCAUCCAGCUCCUGGAGUGGUUUGAGCUCCCCAACAGUUUCUUGUUGGUGAUGGAGCGUCCGGAGCGCUCUCAGGACCUCUCUCGCUUCAUCACAGCGUGGUGGUUCCUGCCGGAGGAGGUGGCGUGGGGGCUGUUCCGCCAGGUGCUGAAGGCCGUGCGGCACUGCACCAGCUGCGGCGUCCUGCACCGGGACAUCAAGCCCCAGAACAUCCUCCUCGACCUGGCCACCAGCGAGGCCAAGCUCCUUGACUUUGGAUGUGGCACCUUCCUUCGGGACACGGUCUACGCCCAGUUUGCAGGAACACCGUCAUACAGCCUGCCAGAGUGGAUCUGCUUCAAACGCUACCGCGGCGAGGCGGCAACGAUCUGGUCCCUGGGCAUCCUGCUCUACCAGAUGGUCUGCGGGAAGCACCCUUUCUGCAAAGGCACCAACACCAUCUGGGACCAACUCCCAUUCCCACCACGGGUCUCUCAAGGCUGCCAGCACCUUAUCAGGUGGUGUUUGUCCAUCCGCCCCUCGGACAGGCCAGCAUUGGAAGACCUAUUGUGCCAUCCUUGGGUGCAGGGCAUUCACCUGCUCUAGAAGAUGGGAGAGAUCCAUGUGCUCACUUUGAUCCAGGGGCCUGGCAAGUAACACCUCCACACAUCUCUUGGCAAUAAGAAACAAAGAAAACCAGACUUUUUUGUUGUGCCUGUAGCACUGAGGGGGGAUCAUCACAUGGGAACAUGCACCUCUUUGUGCUGGAGCUGGGCUGCAGACCCAGUCUUCCAAGUGCUGGUGGCCACCAUCCAACCUGGUUUUGCUGGUCCCGCUUCACAGACAGCUGGGCUCUCGGCAGAACGCUGACAGCCUGGUCUGGCCCCCAGGGAAGGAGAAGGGGCCUCUAGAGAAGCUGUGCCGGGUGGGGCUGCUGCUGGAGACAUUGAGGACGACGUCAGGGAUGACAAGCUCUUUGUUGUUGACCUGGACACUGGCGAGCUGAAGAUGAUGGACUUUGAUUCUGGCCCCUUCCUCCAAGAUGUGCUCCACACGCCGUUUGCAGAUGAGUCCACACCCAGGGGGUGCUCCCGGGCAUGGACAUUGCUCAGCCUGGCUGGGCACCGAAGG